UGUCCGCUGCCUGCCUGGCCGGUGCCCGAUGCUUGACCCGGCGGCCGCUGUGUCCGCUGCCAUGCUGCCAUGCUGCCUCUGGUCGAUGCAUCGGGGCCCAUCGGGGUCUGGCCUGCCUGCCCGGCGGGGCCCUCCCAUGGUGGGGCCCGGUGUGUGGGCUGCUGCCCGGGCGCCGGUGCCACUUGCCACAGGCCGGCCGGAGGGGCCUUGCCCGGGACACCGGCUUGGCCGAGUGCCUGCCCUGUCCAGCCGACCGUGCGAAGUGCCCGGCCAACAGGGCCAAUGCCCUCCCCCGCGGCCGGCGGCGCGUCGGCUGCAUGGCGAUCUGGCCCCCGGCAUGUGUGUCGGCCGGCUGCUGGACAUGCUCCUUCCAGAGGGGCUUUUGCACCAGCUGCCCGGUGGGGCUGCUCCCACGCGGCCAAGUUGGCCUGUGUGUGUGUGUGUGUGUGUGUGUGUGUGUGUGUGGGGCCCGCGACGCCGGUGAGCGCCACGAGGCCCGGCACUGCGUCCGGUGCCAUGGCACAUGCCUCGCCUGUGUCGAGGGCAGCUCGUCUUUCGAGUGCACCGCUUGCCCGGCUGGCCGGCCAUUGCGCCGGAGUGCCUGGGCGGAGCCCCGCCCCAGGGGCUGUUACAGUCUUGCGGCGGCCGACCCGCCUGGGCAGGACUCAAGCUAGCAGCAUCAGCGCCAUGAGCAGCAUUUGCAUCAGCAGCAUCAGCGACAGCGACAGCGCCAGGCCCCAGCCGAGUGGCACACGCGUCAAGAAUGCCACCCCGCAUGCGGCGCGAUGGCCCGGCGGCGGCCUGGUGCACCGGCUGCCGGGGCGUGGCCGAUGCCGGACUGGCACCCCGCCGCGCCGGUGUCUGGCCAGCUGGACACCUCGCCGGGCCACCCAGAGCCCGAGAGUGCCGGGAGCCCCUGUCGAUGAUGUCUCGGGCGCGGUCCUGGGCCUGGGCAUGGUCCACCAGGGCGGGCUUGUGUACCGGGCCAUCAAGCCCUCGGGCGUGCUUCUGGGGCUGGCUUCGCAGACGGGGCCGCUCCGGCCGCGCGGGUCACGGACUUCGGCGUCCUGCGCCUCAGCUACCGGGCGUCCGGCCCCCGGAUCGGCGGCCGGUGUCGCCGGGGCCGAGUCCCUCCGGGCAGCCAGCACAUUGAAGCCGCCACAUGGGCACAUGGCCCGGGGCGGGGACGGGCCAGCCGGGUGGGAGAUCACACGCUCUUCCCCGGCUGACCCGGCGGCAUUAACUGAGCGCGCGGAUCUGGGCCUUCACGGGAUCCUCCGGGCGGUGUCGGCGUGGGAUGCCAACGGUGUCCUGCGGCAGCUGGGCCUGUCGCGGGCGCGGGCGCUGCCCCCCCCCCCCGGGCUCCGGCCGGCAUCGGGAGGGGCGGCCUGGGCGCCCCCUGCCGCGGCUGCUGACCGUCCGGGGCUGGGAGAGCGCGCGGCACCGGUGGCCGGGGUGGGACAGCGGCGGUUGCCGGCGUCUGCCAGGCGAUGCUGGCCGACCGUUGGGACGCCCGCCCACGCCUGAACGUCCGCCUCUGGCGUGCGCGCCCGGGUGAGGGCGGGGCAAAGGCGGCCCGUGGACGAGGUGCGCAUCGAAGGGGCCCAGGGCCCGGGACGGGGG